AUGGGAAUUUUCGUGACCGCUGUGAUACUUUCCGUAAAACUAUUACGUCAGGGUCAGUGGUUCUCGUACAGUUUCGUAGCAUUUGGGGAUUCGCUCACGGAUAAUGGAAAUAUAUGGAGGUUGACAAACGGUAGUAUCCCGUCGACCGCUUUUUACUAUAAUGGAAGAUGGUCAAAUGGACCAACAUGGGUUGAAGUAAUGUCAAAUCAGUUGGGUACCACUGUAGAAGACUAUGCAUAUGGAGGCGCAACGACAGAUAACAAUAUCAUUCCUUCAAAUUUAACGAUUACUGAUGAUCAAGGAAAAAAGAAUCAUGUUCCUUCUCUAGCAGAUCAAGUCAAAGAAUAUUUACCGAAUGUUAGCACAACUUUACAUAGAUUUCAAACCACUUAUUUUAUUUGGAUUGGAGGGAAUGACUAUCAGCAAAUAUUAAACAACUACAACACCUCAACGGUAACACCUCAAAUUUUAAUAGACUCUCUCAAACAAUCAGUAAACCUAUUGGAAGGAGCAGGCGCACACAAAAUUUUAAUCCUAAAUAUUCCUCCGCUCGAUCGUACCCCACGUUAUAUCAAUCGCAACGGCAGCGACAUGGAACACGUAAAAUCAAUGAUUAGCGAGCACAAUCAACGUCUCGUAGAAAUGACGCGAAAUUAUACACGACAGAGUGCAUCGUUGGUGGUCAAAGUUUUCGACGUGUACAAUUUAACGAUGGAAGUUAUCGGUGAUCCAAGAUCUUUUGGAUUUACCAAUGUCGAUGAUCCAUGCGUGGUUAUUGACGGUGAUGGGAAGAGGGAAGUGAGUCGAUGUGUGAAUGCGGAUGAGUAUUUAUUUUGGGAUGAAAUUCAUCCCACCGCUAAAGCUCAUCAAUUAUUGGCUGAUCAGUUGGUGAAGUAUUUAAAAUCAUUAGAUGGAUAUUGUUUAUAUGUUAGGAAUUUAAGCAUAGCAGCUGCGGUGCCAGUAAACCAACAAAAUAACACCAAUUUCAAUGAUACCUCCGACUUUGAAAGUAUCGAGCUUACAGAGUUCAAUUUAGGAGUUGCAAAUUACACCAACAACAAAAGUAACAUUUUCUUCGCAGUAUCAUUCAUUGGUGUCUACAUUAAUUACUCGGAUUACGAAUCAGAUAACCUCGAAGGAACAACAACAAAAGUUGACAUCAUCGCAAGUGGCUUUAACGAUUCUACGAAAGAAUAUCCGUAUAAAAUUCACGAGUAUCCCGUUCCGACAAAUGGCAAUUGUAAUUCUGUCGGAAAUGUCCCACAGAUGAAACAGAAUUGUCCAGAAGGUGAUUUGAGCGGAAAGUGGGGUGGAUUACCCGGAAUGAAUAGUGACGAGAACGACGUGGAGGUUAUUUCUUAUUCCGAUCCGUAUUUAGAGUGGGUUGGAAAUAACUCUAUCUUGGGAAAGUCUUUUGUUAUUUAUAGUCCUGACAAUAAUACUCGAUUGGCUUGCGCAAACAUUACCGAACCUGAUAUCUUGGAGUACGAUGAUGUUACUUAUGUGGAAACCUCAUAA